AUGGCCACGGCCGGCGGGGAGCCCGGGCUCUCCAAGCUGCAGUUUGCCCCGUUCAGCAGUGCCCUGGAUGCGGGAUUCUGGCACGAACUCACCCAGAGGAAACUCAACGAGUACCGGCUGGAUGAGACCCCCAAAGUCAUCAAGGGCUACUACUACAAUGGUGAUCCUUUGGGUUUGCCAGCUCGCUUGACCCUGGAGUUUAGUGCCUUUGAUAUGAAUGCUUCAAUACCAGCACGUUGCUGUCCUGCUUUUGGAACGUUGUAUAACACCAACACUUUUGAGACUUUCAAAUCCUGUGAUAAGAAAUCACUUCUGGACAAGGAAGCAAGUGAGAUCUGGGAAUCAAUCAAAUCUGGAGCUGCUCUGGAGAACCCCCUGCUCUUGAACAGGUUCCUGCUGCUGACAUUUGCAGAUUUAAAAAAGUAUCAUUUCUAUUACUGGUUUUGCUACCCUGCUCUCUGCUUCCCUGAUGGAAUUCAUUUAACUCAGAAACCUGUGUGUCUUGGGGACAGGUUCUCACUAAAUCAGAUUCAAGCCCUGCAGAAAGCCUACGACGACCUCUGCCAGGAGGAGGGGGUGACAGCCCUGCCUUAUUUUUUAAUUAAGUAUCAUGAUAAUUCUGUCAUUGUAUCCCUGCUGAAAAAGUGGGAUGGCUUCUUUCAAGACCAAGGAAGAAAGGUGACAGUUGGAGUUUAUGAUCCUUGUAAUUUAUCCCAGUAUCCAGGAUGGCCCCUGAGAAACUUCCUGAUCCUGGCAGCACACAAAUGGGGCAGCAUUCUGCAGAGGGUUGAAGUGCUCUGCUUCAGAGACAGGACCAUGCAAGGGAUGAGAGACAUCACACACAGCAUCAUCUUUGAAAUCAAACUGCCAGAGACACCCCUGGGCCCAGAUUGUCCAAAAGCUGUUGGAUGGGAGAAAAACCAAAAGGGAGGCAUGGGGCCAAGGAUGGUGAAUCUCAGUGAAUGCAUGGAUCCAAAGAGGUUGGCAGAAUCAUCUGUGGAUCUGAAUUUGAAGUUGAUGUGCUGGAGGUUGGUGCCUACUCUGGAUUUAGAAAAGAUUGUGGCUGCCAAGUGUCUGCUGCUGGGAGCUGGCACCCUGGGCUGUAGUGUUGCAAGGACCUUGAUGGGCUGGGGGGUGAGGAAAAUCACUUUUGUGGACAAUGCAAAGAUCUCCUACUCCAACCCCGUGCGGCAGCCGCUCUACGAAUUCGAGGACUGCCUGAGUGGGGGCAAGCCCAAGGCUCUGGCAGCAGCAGAAAGGCUGCAGAAAAUCUUCCCAGGAGUGAGCUCUGAAGGCUACAACAUGAGCAUCCCCAUGCCAGGCCACCCUGUGAAUUUCUCCGAGGUGACAAUGGCCCAGGCUCGCAAGGACGUGGCCAAGCUUGAGGAGCUCAUUGAUGGCCACGACGUUGUUUUCCUGCUGAUGGACACCCGGGAGAGCCGCUGGCUGCCUGCUGUCAUUGCAGCCAGCAAGAGGAAGUUGGUCAUCAAUGCUGCCUUGGGGUUUGACACUUUUGUUGUUAUGAGACACGGCCUGAAGAAACCAAAACAGCAAAUAUCUGGUGAUUCACGUUUCAGCAACACCUCUGCUGCUUCUGACCUGCUGGGAUCCUCACUCUUCUCAAAUAUCCCUGGCUAUAAACUGGGCUGCUACUUCUGCAAUGAUGUGGUGGCACCAGGGGAUUCCACCAGGGAUCGCACACUGGACCAGCAGUGCACGGUCAGCCGGCCUGGACUGGCCAUGGUGGCUGGAGCCCUGGCAGUGGAGUUGAUGGUUUCUGUCCUGCAGCAUCCAGAAGGUGGCUAUGCUGUGGCCAGCAGCAGUGAUGACAGAAUGAAUGAACCCCCCACAUCUCUUGGGCUUGUUCCUCACCAGAUCCGAGGGUUUUUAUCCAGAUUUGAUAAUGUUCUUCCAGUCAGCCUGGCAUUUGAUAAGUGCACAGCCUGUUCAGCCAAGGUCCUUGACCAGUAUGAACGAGAAGGGUUUAAUUUCCUAGCUAAAGUUUUUAAUUCUUCACAUUCCUUCUUGGAAGACUUGACAGGUCUGACUUUAUUGCACCAGGAGACACAGGCUGCUGAGAUCUGGGAUAUGAGUGAUGAUGAAACAGUUUGAAAUCAGGUGCUGAGGAGGAGGAGGAGGAGGAGGAGGAUGCUCUGGACUGCAGCCCUGCCUUUUAUCUCUGCUUUGAGGAGUUAAUGAUUGCUUACCCCUCCUGACUGCUGGAAAGACAAACAAACAGAACCCACGUUUUGCCAUGAAUAACUUCACUUUCAAAGCAGUCUCUUAUGGACAGAACUCUCCAUGUUUUCGUUUUUAUUGUGUAAAUAACUGGAGCAAUGUGCUUGUGUUUAAACCUGGUCCUUCUUUUUUUGGGUUUUUUUUUUUUUGGGGUUUUUUUCCAAGUUUCUAAAUAUGGCUUACAUGUAAAAAAUGCUGCUUAAGUAAAUUUGGGUGGUUUGUUUGGGCCAGGUUUUAUUUUGCUUCUCAAUGGUCAUGUCCAAGCAGCAUUUCUGAAUGGCUUUUUUCAUCUCUCUCAGAUUUGAGGCACUUGAGUUGGAAUUUGUUCAGGCUGAUCAUUUUCUGCUCUUGGGGGUUAAAUUUAGUGUUUCUUGGUGGGCAGGAGUAGGUAAGGACCUGAUCCUGCUGCCUCCACCACAGGAAUUAUUCACAAACACGAAUUUCAGGUGCAGUUGUUCUGGAUGUGGCCAUGGAGUUGUUAUUCCCUGUGAAGAUCCCAUCUUCUCAUGCCAUGGAAACAAAGUGCUUUGACUGAUUUUUGCCCAGGAAAGAUCAAAAUGCAUUUCUAUCAUGAUCAGGCUCCCCUGAAGCUCAGAGAAAGCUCUGUUUUAUGGUAAAAAAUUGCUUUAGGAGGUGGAGGGUCAUUGAUUCAGUCAAAACCUGUAGGGAAAUGCUUCACUGAAAUGAGAAAUUUGUUCUCUGACUUUGCUGUUCUCGGGUGUGGCCAUGCAGAACCAUGCAGGUGUUCAAAAAGAGCAAUCCUCUUUUCCUUUUUGCUUCAUUUCAUUGUUUCAAGUGGCUUCACAGAUUGUGGCUGAGCACAAACAGGAGUUAGAGAAUCCUCGAGUUUAAAAAACAGCUUGAGGAAAAAGGAGUUUUAAAAUACCAAAGCACAUGACUGCAAAAUUGAAAGAGAAUCUGUUGGUCUUAACUUGGAGUAGGUUUUAGAAGGAAAUUUAAAAUCCCUUUAAUAGCUUUAUAUUGUGGGGUUUAUGAGUUAACUCACUUAGAAAAAAUGCAAAUCACUUUAUCUGCCAAGCAGCCUCUAUUUCCCAGAUAUAUUAUGAAAAUUAAUUGGUCAAUCCAAUUAUUUUAAGUUCUUUCCUUAACAUAAGUCCUGAAUUUUUUUUUUUGGUAGAGAAUUUCCCAGCUUCUCUCUCAUCAGAAGAAAUUCAGUCAGGUCAAGGAUAUCUGCAGCUCCCAUCUUCUGAUCAGAAAAUAGAUUUACUGAAGCCUGCUGGGGUUUGCACCAAGUGUCUGAAAUAGCCAAUAUUGUCUAAAGUAGCCAUGAUUUCUAUUUAUUUAUUAUCAUAGUCAUUAUAUUUUCAUGAUUUCUUACCUAGGGGAAUGUCUAGCUUAGGUAACUUAAGUGUAAUAUAAAAAUAUAUAUGAAUGCAAUAUAUUCUGGAAAUCAGAGUAAAUCAUCUCUUGGUGGUCAGGCACUGAAGACUGAGAUUGAAAGCCUGAAAUGUGCAUUUUUAAAACAAUUAAAAUACACCAUGACUUUGCAGCCAUGGUUUCAGCCAUGCCACAGCCCAGCUGGAGCCGUGGGUUGGUGCCAGGGCAGUUUAAAGGGAAUAAUCUGCUUUUUUUCAUCUUUGGGAGUUGCUGACCGUGGAGUGUGAAUGGCUGCAGUUUGGGGUUAUCUAAGACUUGAAAGCUGCACAUCUUUCUGAGCCUGGUGAACGUUAAUGAUUGUUUGAAAUAGCUGGAACUCUGCUGGGAGGUGUCUGUGCAGGGCACCAGAGGCUCAGGGCUGGGGCCACCUUGGCCUCCCUGGGCAUUGCAGUGGCCCAGCUCUGCCAGGCUGGGCUGCUCCCAGGGGUCUCUGAUGUGCACAAACCCUUCACUCUGGCUCACAACAACUCCCCUGCUCGGACUGAAAUGCUGUUUUUCUGUUCUUUGCCUUUUACUGAGUGAGAAUCCAUUCCAGUGAAUGAAUGAAUGUACAUUCAAUACUGAUAGCAGAUAAACAUACAUGUGUGUUUGCUGCCUUGCAUGCACAGACCCCAGCUCCAGUGCUUGCUGUUCCAUGGGACAAGCUGAACUUUCCCUUUCUUCAUGGAGGAGCUGAGAUUUGAAUGUUAUUUGUGCUGCCAUGGCACCAGUGAAGAGAAAAAUACUGAAUUGUCUCCAUUGCUGCCAGUCAACAGUUCAUAAAAUGCUAUUUAUGAUUCCCUUUAAACAGUAAAUUUAAGAAUUUAAGCAGUGAACAGUGAAGAACCUGAACUUCCACUGGAGAACCCAGCCAGGGCUUCCCAGGUGUGAACCAAAUCUCUUGGGAAGAGGGAAUGAGCAGCCUCAGAGGAUCCUGCUCCUGUUCUUCCACUAUCUGAUAGGAAUACACUGGCACUGUGUGGCAGCCUGCAGCUGGGACACCCCUGUGCCUCACCUGGGGACAUGGAAUUCUGCCAGAAGAUCUCAGUGGAGAGCUCUGACACCCUUUUGGGCAUUAAAGAAACUGAUGGAAUGACAGCUUCAGUUGUGAUUGCACCCUCCUGCCAGCUGGAGCUGUGCUCCAGGAUCAGCCCAGCACUGUGUUCUGCUGGCUGAGGUUUAGGAUUUGUUGUGUGAUCCAUCAGUGAGGAGCUGGAGAUUCUGUGGGUGUUUUCCUCCUUGGGACCAUGGGGAAUGGAUUUCCCUCAGGGACACCUGGGAACACUGCACUGCCACGGCCAGAACCCUUCCCAGGGUGGCUCCUCUGAGUCUGAAGCCUUCAGCAGUGGGAUAUGUGAGGGAGAAAAGCACAAAUGUGAAAAUCUGAGAUCAUGGAGCAAGAUCCAUGAUGGCCCAGACAGGUUGAUUGAUCAGGAACCACAGGAGUUGCAUUCCCAGGAAGCUGAUGGCUCCCAAGAACUGAAGAGAUCCUGCUCCAGUAGAAGGCAGCAGCACUGGAGGCAUUUUGGCACAACAAAGGAAACUGCAGUGACUGUUCCAGGCUUUAAAAUCACUGAGUUUCAGCUUGGACAAAUGUUUUCCCUUCCCUGUGUCCUCAGAGGAGCCCAGUGAGGUAAAGUAAAACUCCCAUUUUGUCGUCUUUGAUAUUCUUACCCCACUUUCUGCAGGUCCCUGCCCAGGGCAGGGGGUGGCACUGGAUCAUCUUAAAGGUCCUUUCCACCCCCUUAACAUUACAUGACUCUAAUCUUGUUCCUUUGUGUAAAUUCUGGCUGCUCACCUUACAUAGCUGCAACAGAAGGAUUUGCAAAAUUCAGUGACUCUGCCAUCUGUGAGCACUUUAUUUUGGUUUUUCACUUGUGCUCUUAGUUAGAAAACUCACUGAAAUGGGUUUUAUUCCUGAGCUUUGCUCUGUGGAAUCAUAUGGUAAUGCUUGUUUCUCCCUCUCAGUGAAUAUUCCUGGAUAUCUGCUAGCUUGCAUGUCUGGGGUUGCUGAUGGAAUCACAGAAGCAUUUGGUGGGAAAAGACCCUUUGGGCCAUCAAGUCCAAGGCUCAGCACUGCUGCUCCGUGCUCACCCUGCUCUGGGGCUGUGCUGGGCCACAGAGAGCUCACCCAUUUCCCUUUGAGCAGGCACACCAUGGAAGCAGUGAGGCUCUGGGAUGGCUUUUGGGAGCAGCCUUUGCUGUGCAGGAUUCUCCCCGAGGCUGCCUGAGGUCACUGGUGGUGAUCAGGGACACUCUGCCUCACACAGAAUCCACGAGUUCACUUCUCUACAGUUCCUCUUCAAAGCAGAACCGAAUUUUAAGAGUUGCAGGCGAGUCCUGGCUCUGGAUUCUUGUGGGAAUAGGAAGGAUUGCUGACAUUCUCACAGAAAAAAAUCCAUUUCAAGCUGGCCCACAGCCAGCCUGUCUGCUCCUUCCAGGCUGUUCCCGGUGUCCCUGGCUCAGGGAUGCUGCUCUGGGACUCUGCAUUCAGGGUGCACACAGGAAAAGAGAGCAGCAGCAGCUCAGUGCUGGGAUUUUUACUGCCAAAUUUUGAAUUUCUUCUGGAAAUAACAAUGCAAGGCUUUCCUUAGAAACAAAUAAGCGUUUAUACUCCAAAGAGAGCCAUUAAAGAAGUAUUUGCAACAUGGGAAAUUUUAGCUGACUUCAUAAGAAACAGAGUCUGGAAGAUGUCUCCUGCCUGUUACCAUUUGGCUUCAUUAAUUCCUUUUUUUCUAUUUUUUUUUUUAAUUUUUUAUUUCAUUUUCAGUGCAGCUGAUGUGCUCAUGCAUAUCCUGCCAGAAUGAAACUUUCCUUCCAGAGGCUGUUGUGUGCACCUUUGCUUUGCACAGCCCCUGGAUUAACUGUUUUAAAAGGCACAAAUACUACACUAGGAGGACUUUGGGCUGUGCCAGGGUGUGAAUUCCUCAGCCAUGCAAACCCUGCCUGCCUGUCCCAUUCCCAGCUCUCCUUCCCCUGCAGCUGCCUGGGCCUUCUCCAGAUCCCAGCACCAUCACACAGGUAAUGCUUUAUGUUUGGAAUUCAUCUGGACCUGCCCUCUCUCUUGCCUCUUCAGCUUUCCAGUACAAUCAUUUCUGGAAAGUUCAUUUUCUUACCUGUGCAAUGCUUGGCAGGUUUGGGAGUAAAAUAACCCUAACAGUUUAUUGACUUUUGUUUUUUUCCUCUUUCUCAUUUUACUGUUACUGAGAACCUAUCAAGAAUCUCUCUGGGCUUUGUUCUCAGUUAAUCCUGGCUCAUGUUUUGUUGCCAUAUUGAAGGUUUAAUAGCCAGGUGUGGCUUGUGCUCCUCUCUAGCCCCAUUUCUCUUCAGGCCAGCACUGACACCCUGCAGUCCUCAUCCUUCCACAGCUUGCAAAGGAAUCCCUGGAAUGGGUCAAUGGAGGAUCAUUUUAACCAGGCUGAAGCUCCUCCCAGAAAAUUUAAAAGCGCUGAGCUGGGAUGUGCUCUGAGCACCUUCAGGUAUUCCACGUCUUAGGGCAGCAGGUUUUUCACCUCAUUUCCCAGUCCGGGUGAUCUCACCCCAGAAUAAGGAUGCAGAUGACUGCUCCAGCCUUAUUUCAGUUCAAGCUCUAAUUGCAGCCUCGCUAAUUACAUUAUCAGCCUGUUGUGACUUAACCACAGCACUUUCACAAAUGCAGUGGAAUUAUUUAGGAUAGAUUUUCAAUUACUUGUCAGAAUUUAACCAUUUAACAGAUUCUUCCUGCUUAAUCAAGCCAGCACUCCCUUGCCACUGGAGCUCCCUGGGCUCAGGGAGAAAAAGGACAUUCAGGAGGUCUGGAAGCAGCCUGGGCUGUGUUUCCUGGCUGGCAGGGAGCACACACUCCUUCCCUCCAUCUCCCUCAGCUCCCUGCUGCCUGUUUCCUCCUGCUCUGGGCAGGGCACUGAUGGAAGCACAGUGGGCUUUGCCUCACCUUAAAUGCAAAAAAUGUCAAAUUGCUUCUUAACAAAAUAUUGGAGUGGGCUAACAGGAAGGGAUGGGAGCAACCAUACACAGUGCUGUGCUGCUCCAAAUCCAAUCAGAUCCAAAUCAAUGAGUUUGCAAAAACUAUUCCUUGUCAUUUCCAUCCUCUCCCAUCCAGUUACUUUCUGUUCUUACAUUCCUUGGCUGUGGGCUGCUGCUUCAGUAGUCUGAGCAUGCAGAAAUUGAGGCUCGUGUGUAACUUCAGCCUUUGGCUCUGGGACACUUUAGCAAGAUCUCAGCAGAAUGAUUCAUUGUUUGAUUUGUUAGUGAAACACCCUGCACUGCAGAAAUAGGCAAGGGGAGACAUUAAACUGCAGGUCUGUAGGUUUUUGCCUGAAUUCCUCCUUUGGUCCGAUGGAGCUCAUGGUGUCCUGGUGGUGUUGACUCGUCCCCCAGCAGCUGCAGCCGGCGCUGCAAGGCCCAGGGCCCGUGAAAUGCAGGCUGGGCCCUCACUGCAAUGCUUCUGCUUCCCCAUGGAACCAGGCCAGAGCUGCCUGGAGCCGAGCUCACGGAACUGUUUCCUCAUUGGGAAGGAAGGAGGAAGCUUCCAUGUCUGCUGCUCUGGAAGCAUUUGGGGUUUUGAUGGGUUUUGGUGUCCUUUCUUUCCUCUUUUUCUUCUCUUUUUCCGUUUCUCCGCACAUCCCCUGAGGGCUCUCGGUCACACCCGCCCUCAUUUCCAGGGACAGACUUCCCUCAAAUCGGCAGGGAGGGAUCCUCUACAGCAGGCACGAUUUUCCUUGAGGUUUUUCCUUUGUCUGUGACUUUAUUUUCAUUUCGUGCUUCCAAGGCUGACUUUUAUCCAGUAAUUCCGUAGGUGUUGCCACUUCCUCAGGAACCUGUGACUCAGGCGACGUUUAAAUGCCAUGACAUCACCAGCAGCUCCCCCUGGAAUUGCUGCUUUCCAAAAAAACCCUCUUGGCUUUGCUUUUAAUACUCCCAGCUCUGCUUUGAGGGUUUUUGUGUGUGAGGGGGAUGAGAGGGUUUCAUUCCUUAAGGCAGCCCUGCCAUGGCUGAAAUGAGGGAUCUGUGUUUCCCCACCACUAUUUAUGAAUGAAGUGGUUGUAGCCAGGCCUUUGUGGAGGUUGUGCUCCUGUAAAUUCACUUCAUUCACCCCUGGUGUGGGGAGGAGAAGGGCUGAGCAUGGUUUCCCAGCCUUGUUUUGGAAGCGGCUGAGCCCAGCAGCUCCAGGGUGGGUUCCAGAGCCUGCUGGCCCAGCACAGCUCCAUGGGAGCUCUGGGCUGGCCGAGGAGCAGCUCUGGGGCAGGGCAGGCUGUCCCCAAGGGCAGUGGCAGCAGCAGGGCCUGGGGAACAUCUGGGCAGCUGUUUCCUGCUUGGCCAGCGGCCCUGGCCACGUCAGUGCGGCAGGAGGUGCUGAGGAGUCCUGACAGGAAUUCUGGCCACGGGAGGAAUGUCAGCGUGGCUGGCUCCUGGCUCAGGGUGUCCUGGAGCACAGCAUCCCUUUGUUGGGGCUCUGCAGGACUCGUGCAGCACAGCCUGUGCCUCUGCUGGGCUCUCCCUGAGCAGGCAGGGCCUCUCUGCUGCCACUGAAAGCAAAACUCAAAGGGAAGGGAAGGUCAGUGGCUGCUCCAGGUCAGGGCUUUUCUUCCAGUGAUGUCAAAAUCUGGCACUAUCACGAAUUAAAGUUAUUUUUCAGUCUACACGUUAGACCAAAGUUCUCAAAAAAAAAGGUUCUAUAUCUCUUCUGCAUCUCUUUCUGCUUUUUCUGAUUUUAUUUUUUUUUUAAUUCACCUUACCUUCCUAAAGUUGCUGUUGAGUUUCCCUGGCGUGCUUAAUUUUCUAAAUUACUUUAUAAAUUACUUUUAGCAAAAAGCUCUCACUCGUGUCCCAGCCAGUGGAGGUGUCCCAGUGAUUUAUCAUUUCUGGCACCAAGCUGGGGACAGGGAGAUGCAGGUGCUGUGAAUGUGAUAACACCACAGUUAUUUGGUUACACAAAGGCAGUUUUCCUCUGAUUAAAACAUUUGCUGUUGCAUCUCUCUUGCGUGCAUUUAACCACUGAUUUGUGAUUUUUCUGGGCUGUAAAUUCUGUCCUAUGAACUCAGCAACACCACAAACUUAAGCCAGGGGGUUUUUUUGGCCCUGAUUUGCAAGGGAGGGAUGGAGCAGGUCACAGCUUUGCCCUGUGGCUGGACAGAUCCCGCUUUCAUUUCCAGCCACGAUGGGACCCGUGCAUUUCUUUUCCUGUGGAUAGUAUUUGGAAAUGUCAUUAAGAGAUUCCCAGAGAUAACUUCAAGACAGCAAUUCCUAAAAGUCCUCUGGGAGCAGAGAAUAACAAAAUACCUGUUGGUGUGAGCUCCUGGAGAAGAAUGGGGCUCAAAUGUCACUGGGUGUCAGGAGGGGCUGGCACUCAGGACAGGGGGACGUGCAGCACAGCACGUUCCACACCAUCACCAAAGCAAUUCUCCUGCUUCAGCUGUGAGUGAUUCCAGAAAUUUCCUAAGCCAAGGUGUUCCAGCUUUCCCAGUUUGGAGUUUAAUGUCACCAAUUUUUAAAUUGCUUUUUAAAGCACCGCUUGUUUGGAUCAGGGUUGUGCUCCCUGUUUCUGUCCCGGCCGUGGGAAGUGGAUGGAGGCAGAAUUCCCUGGGCUGUGUGGGGCCAGGGAAAGGCCCUGAGUGCCUGAGCUGGUUCAGAGAGAGGGUUUGGCACAGCAAGAGCAGAGCCAGUGGGGGCAGCUGGGCAGGAGAAGCGACAGUGCAGAUUCUGUGCAGCUCUGCCCCACCUGUGACACUGCUCCUUGGCCCAGGAAUGCUUCCUGGAAUUCACUUGCCACAGCUUUUGUUGGAUGCCCAGCUUGGGAUGCUCUUUGAUGGUGCCAUAAACUGGGUUUCAAACUCCUGAGAGAAGUCUGAUGUCAAAUGUAAAGACAAUCUCACACUAAGCAUGUAUUUUUAAAAGUUAUGUGUGUAAAAGAGGAUUAAAUAAAUCUGUUAACUUUCAGCUGC